AUGUCGGUCGAAAUUGAGCCCACCGAGCUGAGCUUCAAGCGUCCCUUCACCGUCGAAGUCGCUCGGAUUCUGCGGAUCAAGAACCCGAACCAGUCCCCCAUCGCCUUCAAGGUAGGCAGCCACUCGAUCCCUCGGCUGUCACGUUACCCUCCGCUCACAGAUCAUGCGACCAGGUCAAAACCACCGCUCCGAAGCAAUAUUGCGUUCGCCCCAAUUCGGGUCGUAUUGAACCUGGACAAGAUGUGGAGGUCACCGGCCAUGAAGCAGGAGCCGGCCCUCGACGCCAAGUGCCGCGACAAGUUCCUAGUUCAAUCCGUCUCCAUCACUGCUGACAAGGAGUUUGCAAGCAUUGCCAAUAUUCUCGACCAGACUGACAAGUCUUCUCUUAUUGAGCGAAAGAUCCGCGUCACCUGGCUCGCCGAAGAGUCUUCCCUCAACGGUGGCAGCGCUUCUGCUGUCGCAUCCACACCCAAUCGCCAGUCUCUGGUCAACGGCGAUUACACUCCCGAUGUCUCUAACGUCUACUCGUCUCCCCAGCAGGGAACAGAAUCUGGCAGCCCUGCCCCUGCUACCCGACCCUCGACUUCUGACGUGAAGGACGAUACCGUUUCCGAGAAGGCGCAGUCCACAGUGAGCGCUGCGAGUCACGUCAUCGCCAAUACCGCUCAAAUUACCUACGAGGAGUUGAAGCAGAAGCUUUCCCAGGCCGAGGCGAAGAUUGCAAGUCUGCAGGACACCAGCGGUCUCCGGCAACGCGUCAAGACCGAGACCGAGAAGCUCCCCACAGCCCAAGAGGCUGCCGCAGCGGUGCGACAGGGAGCCGAGGGUGUCUCGGUACAAAUGGUUGCCAUCCUCUGCCUGCUUAGUUUCCUCCUCGCCUAUUUCUUCUUCUAA